AUGAGUAAAGACGACGAAUAUGAUUACCUUUUUAAAGUUGUCUUAAUUGGAGACUCGGGGGUUGGUAAAUCCAAUCUUCUUUCGCGUUUCACACGUAAUGAGUUCAAUUUGGAGUCAAAGUCAACCAUUGGUGUUGAAUUUGCUACUAGAAGUAUUCAAGUAGAUAACAAGACUAUCAAAGCCCAAAUCUGGGAUACUGCUGGUCAAGAACGUUAUCGAGCUAUUACAAGCGCUUAUUAUCGCGGAGCAGUUGGUGCUUUACUCGUUUACGACAUCGCUAAACAUGUUACUUAUGAAAACGUCAAUCGUUGGUUAAAGGAAUUAAGAGAUCAUGCUGAUAGUAAUAUCGUUAUUAUGCUUGUUGGAAACAAAAGUGAUUUAAGGCAUUUGAGAGCUGUACCGACCGAAGAAGCCAAACAAUUUGCUGCUGAAAACAACUUGUCAUUUAUUGAAACUUCUGCAUUGGAUGCCAGCAAUGUAGAACUCGCUUUCCAAAACAUUUUGACCGAAAUAUACCGUAUUGUUUCGAAUAAAGCUUUGGAAAAUAAUACUGGAGAAGUUGCUAGACCUACUGCUGGUGAAACUAUUCAAGUCACUGCCAUGCCUGAUGAAAAACAAACGGCUGAUAACGAAUUAAAAUUUCCGAAACAAAAACGCGUCAAAUUAAAUGAUGGUCCACUUUAG